AACAGUUUGCGACUGAGACUCGUGAUGAACGGACGCGUGGCCAAUGGCAGACAGGCAGCGCGAACAACAAGCCUGAGAUCCAUUCAAAUCGCAUUCAGUCGCUCGAUGGCGAGUGCUCGACCAGAAUUACGAGUGUAGUUGCCGGGCUCCAUCAUCAUCGCCAUCGCAUGUUGAGUUUAAAAUAAAAUAAACAAAUACAAGCCUUGGAAAAAGAGAACUGUAAAUACAGAGCGGAAAUGUCGGAACAAACCGGAAAUAUCAGUGGCAGUAAUGGCGACGCUGCAUAAAAUGCAUGCAUCUCGAAAAACUGUAACCAAAAACGGCAACAAAAACAGAGUGUUUAAACCUUAAAUCAAGCCAGCGACACCGAUUUAAAUUGGCAACAUAGUCAGUAAUAAUCAGCAAAGGGAAAUCCACCAGAACCAUCAGCAAGCUGAGAAGGAGGAGAAGGAGGUGGACCCAACAGCCACAACAUGACCCGCUUUCGUAUCAAGAACCUGAAAAUCCUCUCCUGCUGCUGGCUCAGCGUGUGGGUGACGCUCUUUGGAGGCGCCCUGCACCUGGCCCGCUGCAGCGAGUUCCCCGAGCGGGAGUGCUGCGACCUAACCACCACGUCCACAGUGGGUCCGCUGCCCAUGCCGCCAGCAGCGAUGCCCACCGACAAAUCCCUGUCAUCGGCCACAACGGCCUUGGAAUCGGAUCUGGCCAUCGGACGAUCGGGUUCUACCAUCAAAGGUGUUGUGGCCAUUCUGAACUGCAUUCUGGCACGUCAACUGUGCUUCGAAGAUCCCUCAUGUUCGGCCAUUCUGGAAAUUAUACCCCGAGUCUGCGGGCCCAUUCCAGUGUCCUGCAGCACGGUGACUGUCACCAAGUGCCAGGCCGCACUGCGCACCCUCCAGGCCUUUCAGUUCUUUCGACCCACUUGCCUGUGCAAGGAGCCCGGCAUGGAUCCCGACUGUAAUCACUUUCGGGACUUUCUCUUCGAUCAUCCAUGCGGAUUUGUCCUCAAGAAAGCCGAAAAGGAUCCCUAUCCAAUUGAUGCAUUGCCCACGUGCAACCAUGCACUGUCCGUGUGCCAGCAGGAGCGCAAAUGCCUGAAGCUCUUCGAGGACUUCAAAACCCAUUGCAAAGUGCGCGACAAUAAGUGCAAAAUGGAAAACAGGGAUGCCUGCCACGAUUCCUGGACUAAUCUCCGUCUCUCGCCCAUGUUCGGGUGCAUCUGUCCGAACAACCAUAUGAAAAAGCGCUGUGAUCGUAUCUUUAAUAUUGUUAAUCACAAUCCGUGCGUGGAUAGAAUAAUAUUUUUCCCCAACGGUCUGCCCAAAAUGAAGCAACCGAAACCGAAAGCAAAACCGAAACCGAAGCCGAGACCGAGGCCCAAACCGAAGCAGAAACAUCCUUCGCACAGCCUCAAUGGCACCACCGAGCUCAUGUCCAACAACAUAGAGUACCACGACGAGCCAAACAAUGAGGCACGAGAGGAUCCCGAGGAUGGGAACCAGGAGGAGAACGAGACGGACGACGACAACGCAGAUGCUAAUGGCGAUGCCGACGUCGACGGCGAUGAGGAGGACUCCGACGACGAUGAUUAUGAUGACCGCAUACGGGCUGAAAUUUAUUCAAAUUAUCCACACUAUCUGCAUCCACCGUCGUGGGGGAUCAACAAUCCGCUGGUGCUGGCCUCCCACAGUCCGCACACUCUGGACGAUGACGAUGUCGUCGUAGAGGUGGCCACAACGAACCACCACAAGAAGCCCCCCACCCACUCCCAUAUGGAUGACUUGGAACGCAGCUCAGUGGAUAACGUUGUGGUGGUAGUCGAUGCCGGAGCGCACUCGCAUUCCCAUCCGCAUACUCACACCUACUAUACGCACGGGGAGCAGUCAGGCACUUCGACCAUUGGAUCGGCAGGGCCAGCGCCAACGAUUCCCAGCCCACCUAACACUGGCACAAAACUGCACAAAACAGCACUUCUCGGUGAUUUAGUCGCCGGCAGCGAUAUAACCCACCGCACCUACACGGGCCCCUCCAUGGACGAGCGAGUAAGAAUAUUGGGCAUGGACGAGAGACUGCAUCAGAGAAUCUUCAAUGAUAAUUUGGCCGUAAUUGAUACGCCCUUGAUUGCCAUGGGCGGCCCGGGCUCCGGCUCUGGCACCGUCAUCGGUUCCGGCUCUGGCUCUGGCUUCGGCUCUGGCUCCGGCUCUAGUUCCGGAUCCGGGUUUGGGUUCUCGGGCGGCUAUAACUAUAACUAUCCGGGCUCGAUGCACGGCGUGCCCAGCUAUCCGUUCAAUAUAAGCGGCUUCCAUCAGCGGCACAUGGCAGCGGCGGCCGUCGAAAAUGAGCCAUUCGAUAUCAUUGAUACGGGCCUCGGCUAUGGCGGAAACGGAAACGGAAAUUCCGGUGUUUACUAUCAAAGUGGUCAGGAUGUGGAAGUUGACCUCUCAACGGAAAUAAUCAAGCAACACUUUCAGAGUACCUGUCACACAGCAUUGGACACCUGCCGGGAAGAUCCGUCCUGCUCGUCGUCCCUGCAGCCAAUGCUGAUGCAUUGUGAACUGCAUCGGUGCAAUCGCAACGCGUGCAUGACAUCGCUGCAGGCCUUUUAUAAGGGGCCGCACGAGGACCUCAAUCUAGACAUUGCCUUUUGUCUAUGCAAAAAAACCAGCAGCAUGCAGCAGAACAGCAAUCGGCACGACAUGUGCAUGAUUGCACAGGAAAAACUGCAUCCCGUCUGUGCACAGCGGCCGCCCGAUAACAGUAAUCCGGCCAGCUCCAAUGGCAUUUACUACCAUCCACCGCCCGCCUGUCAUGUAGUGGCCGAGAGCUGCAAGGAGGAUCGCGAGUGCAGGCUCAAGCUGGAGUACUACGAGCAGGCCUGCGCCGUGGACAGCGUCACUAAGAAGUGUGCCGGGCGACCCAGCGGCUGUCGAACGGCAAUGAUUGGCAUCCUGGGCACUAUGCUGCGGACCACCUGUGCCUGCCAGGGCACCGAUCCCCAGCAUCUGUACCAGUGUGUGGGCUGGCGGCGUCUGUUGUGGAUGAAUCCGUGUGUGGUUGAGGCUCAAAAAGAUUUCCAUAUGAAGCGAUUGGCUGAGCUGGGUUUCCUUACCACCACCACAACAACGACGACGACCACGACGACAACAACAACGACAACAACCCGGGCACCACCACCCCCACCGCCACCACCGACCAGCACAACAACGACGACGACGACGAGCCUGCAGCCGAAGCAAACGGCCCGGAAGCCGGCCACGCACAUCUUCAAGGACUUCAAUGCGCCAAAAGAGAAAUCAGAGCCAGCAUCGGUAGAACACAAUUAUCUCGAUCCGCCCGAUUCGAUACCGUUACCCAGCGUAAACGUCGAGAGCGGCGGAAAUGGCGGAAAUGACGAUUAUCACAACGGCAAUGCCAAUGGACACGGAAAUGGCAAUGGCAAUGGCCACGGCAAUGGCAACAGCAACAGCAACGGUAGCGGCAAUGGCAAUGGCAGCCGACGUAAAAAUGGCGGAAAGGGACGUGGCAGUGCCGGCAGUGUAGAUUUCGAUGAUCCAGUAAUUUUCGUUGACCCAAGGGAAACAACAGAGUUUGUGGGCAUCAGCAUCACAGAGCCGCUGACCACAACCACAACAAUGGCAACCACAACAACAACGCAGCCGCCAAGAAACUGUGUGGUUCAACGUCCUUACCAAUCGGAUCAGCUGAUUCGAGAAGGCAGCAGCAAACGGAUCUACUCUUUGGACGACGCCGAGUGCAGCGAGCUGUGCAGCUGCGGGGAGUCCCUCACCCUGACCUGCCACGCCCUCUGCGUGCCAUUCGCCCCCUGCCGCACGGCCCUGGCGUUCUACAGCCACGCCUCGCCCGCCUACCAAGCGUUCCGCGGUCGCUGCCUCUGCUACUCGGGUCGCUUCAUCUGCAUGAAGCCGCCGCUCGGGGAGUACAUCCUGCCAGGUGGCGUCUUCUUGCUGCUGGGCUACAGUGCUGCAGAUGAGGCACUGCUGCGACCACACACCAAUCUGGGGGUGCAGGAUGCCGUUCGUGCCCUGCAACAGUACGUAACCACAUACAUCGAUAAUCAGACCCAGUGCACGCUGACGCUCUUCAAUAUGACCGAGGAGAACAUCAUCAUUGCUGCACGCCUGCCGCACGAUGGUAAGCUCAAAGAUAUUGAGCUGCUGCGGAAAGAGAAGGACGAGUGCACCGCGAUUCUGAAGACCAUCAGUCAUCAAAUCAAUACCGAGCACAAUGAGCUACAAUCCCACCGACUGCUGAGCAUUUUCAAAAUGUCCGAAGUCGAGGUCAUCUGGCCGGAGAGCACGAGUGCCGCCCAGAGUGGGCAUGGGCAGGCGCGUGGCUGCCACCGGCUGCUUCACCUCGCGCUCCUCCUCUCGCUGGCCUAUCUCUCCACGACCACGCUGCGUAUGAGCGAUGCGAGCAGAAAGGGCCGGCUAGGGCUAGCGACAUGACAGCCGCAUAGCUAAGGGCUGAGGAUUGCAAUUGGAUAACUGUACGUAGUAGAUAUCUGUAAGGGCGGGAGUGGUGCAACUAUAUACGAUAUACGGAUCGUGUGUAAUGAUAGCUAUAACUUAAUAUAUGCCAUGACAGGCAUCGGGGAUCGGGGAGUCGAGUGGUAAAACGUAUCUUAUAUAGCGUAGCGUAUGAUAUGAAUAUAUGUUGUAUACAUUUAGGGGCUAGUUCUGUGUUUAGCUGCGAUUUUUGUAAUGCUUUGUUGUUGAACCCUGACGAUGUUGCCGAUGUCUGUUUUGAUACGUAUGUGAAGCAUUACGAUAGAGUACAUACGAGUAUAUACAAUAUAGAACUCAACCUAGAUUUAUCUAUACUUUAACGUGAAAAGUAAAACUGCUGUCUACAUAAUAAUAUUCUUAGCUAAUAACAAAAACAGACACUCGAGAGUUGGAUUUGAUGUGGCCUGUACAUAGAAUGGGUUUAAAAUAUGGUACUACCCGUAGCUAGUGUUUUAUACGGUAAACAAUAUAUAUAUACACUCUGUCAGUCAUUCAUCAUUAUCAUACUCACUGCAGGCAAUAUUCCAUUGCUACUUUUUGUUGCUAUUUAAGCUCUAUAAAGUUCUUGGCCGCCUCCAUUAAAAAGAAUUAUUAACCGCCUUAACAAUGUUUAUUUCUCAUGCAUACUCCUUUCCUCUCUUUUGAUUUUUAAUUACAUUUUAAUGUGUGCGAACGGUCGGAACCGGUCGGUCAGGCGCAGGCCUUUUCCACAGCCAACACCAACGGCCAAGCGAAUGAACUCAUUUAACACUCCCAAGCGAAAUAUUAUUGUUAAUUUAUUUCACCGUUUUCCGUUUCGUUUGGAGGCGCGAAAACAAUUACGGUUUCAUUAUCCAUUAUGCGUUCUGCAUUUCAAUUGUUUCCACAAACUCACACACACAGCUCUGUCGCAAAGCCGCAGGAAGAUCUCCGGCCAACAGCCAUAUUCGCGCCUCGUUUCAACAGGUUUCAUUGCUAUCCCACAAUCCCGAUUAGCAUUUCCGUUUUUCUGUAUAUAACGUACAACCGACAACUUAAAAAACUCAAUUAACGUAAUUAAAUACUAACAGUACAUAUCAAUAUGAACACCUAAACAAAGUUUACACACAAAACCAAGUUCUUACAAUGCCCCUGCUCGAAUCUUUUGUAUAUAGUUCUUUAUAACAAUAUACAACGAUAUACAUAAUAUAACAUACGAUAAAUAUACAACAGUUAUGGAUAUGAAACCAUCAGAUAAAUUGAACUGUAUAUCGAUUGAAACUUCAGUUGAGCCUUAAAUGAAAUAUGUAAAGAAUACAACUAUUGUAAAUAGUAUGGGGGGAAAGUAGCAGAAGUAUAAGGAGAAGAACAACACCUGGGUGAAUGAAAAUUCUAUGAAUAUUAAUUGAGUGUUCGACACACAGACACACACUCAAACACACUCACACUAACACACAAACACACUCUAAGCCUAAGCUUGACCAUUUGACAAAGAGACAGCAGUACGAGUAUCUUUUUGUCACAUACUUUGUGGCGGAGAGCAAUGUGGAAAUGUGCGCAUAACGAAAAUGGUCACAAUCAUGAAAAAAUGUCUUCCUUAAUGCAUAUACAUGGCGGUAUGUAUUAUGUUUAUAUACAUAUAAAUAUAUAUAUAUAGUAUAUAUAUACCUAUACAAUAUACAAUUUCUGGCAAGACCAUAGCCUGCGCUUCAGUUAGGAAAAUGAUAAUGUAAUAUACGAUUAUAUAGUGCAUAUAUAGCAAGGGGCUAAACCAUAUCAUUAUCAAAUAUCCUUGCAAAUUAUACCACUGUUGACAUAAAACUAUGAACUAAUCCCAGCAUAUCUAAGCAAAUAUACCCCUAACUAAUUAUACAUAUUAAUAUAUACAAAAUAUACAUACAGUACGAGUAAAGUUAUAAACGUUAGAGAGCAUUGGCAACUACUUUAAUAGUCUCUAGAGAAAAAGCAACGCUUUAACCUUAAAAUAAAAAAAUACAUCUAGCAAAAAGUGUGUAAAGUUUAUUGAGAACCUGCUUAAGGCAUACUAUAUUAUAGCUAAAUAUUAGACGAAUUUAAAUCUAACCAGCCAGGCCAGCCCCAAUAACAGCCGCAGUCAUAGGCGUGACAAAGAUGAAGCAGAGGAGGGGAAACUGUAUCGUUAGGAUUAUGGGAAUAAUAAGUGGAGCUGUUGUUCAUUUGCUGGGCAACUGCAUAUCGUUUUAAUGGCUACUAUAUCGUUAUCAGUUG